CUAUUAGUUGCAGGAAUGGGCAAGGACGGUGGAUUUCUAACAGCAAAAGCCAUUUCGAAUCGCAUCAAGGCCAAAGGUCUACAGAAACUGCGCUGGUAUUGUCAAAUGUGUGAGAAACAAUGUAGAGAUGAAAACGGAUUCAAAUGUCAUUGUGCAUCCGACGGCCAUCAGCGUCAAAUGAUGCUAUUUGCUGAAAACACUCAGAGCUACCUUACAUCUCAUUCUGAGCAAUUCCAUUCCGACUUUGUCAAGCUGCUGUCUGGAAGGUACGGCACUCGCAGAGUGUUUGCUAACCAGGUCUAUCAAGAAUUCAUAUCGGAUCGUAACCAUCUUCACAUGAAUGCUACUGUGUGGAUGAGUCUUUCUGCUUAUGUCAAAUACCUUGGUAAAGAAGGCAUUUGCGAAGUAGAUGAGACUGAAAAAGGCUGGUAUAUCAAAUGGAUUGAUCGAAGUGCUGCUACAUUGGCACGACAAGAGGCCGUAUUGAAAAAGGAAAGGGCCGAGAAGACAGAAGAUGAGCGGGAGAGGAAGCUACUGAAUGAACAGAUUACAAAAGCACAAGCUGGAUCUGCUGCCAUUGAAGAGCAAUAUACAGACCUUAAGCGCGAGUCGAAUGAUCAACCGAUUAAACUUCAACUUGGUGCUUCCUUAUUUAAACCAACAGUAAAGAAAUUUGAACCAAAAAAAAUAAAUGCGCUUGCUGCUGCAUCCAAAAAAUCUGCAAGUGUUUCAAAAUCUCUUGGUAGUGCUGUACCAUUCAAGCCCGAAGUUGUCAAACCUUUGUCGGCAAUGGAGCGAGUCAUUCAUCAAGAUCAAUUGAAACGGAAGCGAUUUGGAAAAGACCGAGACGAUUCAUUAGCACAGGAUAAACGAUCGAGAUACUAGAAACCAUAAUAUUCACCAAGAGAUUGUCAUGACCUAGCGUGGUUGGGUCUAGUUACUAUUUUAAAUCCACAAUGUACGUGAAUGGAAAUAAAUCUUUAUUUAUAUAUGC